CAAACGUCAUCUGUGACACCGUUUGAUUUACAUUUUCCGUUGAAAUUCGAAUUUGUUUUGCAUCUUUUAUCACAAAUUUUAUCCGAUUCUAUUUCGACGCAUAGUAAGAACAUUAAUUAUUAAAAUGGAGCUGACGAUACCGUAAAACCUAAUAAGUCUUUACAAAUUGAAAUGUCCAUAAACGUAACAGUCACAGGAAAUCCAGUAAGCAUAAAAAGAGGAAAAAUGGUAACAGCAGACCCAAAUUACAACCAAAAAGAGUUCGAACGAAGAAGAAUAAUGCGACUGGAGCAAGUUAGACAACAGUCCAAAGAUAUAGCUGAAGAUGUGAGAAAUAAGGUUAGACUAGAGAAGGAGAAACAAAUGAAACAAAUUGAGGAAGAAGGAAAGCAUAAACUGAAGAAUUGGCAGAAUAGGAAGUUGCUAGAGUUACAAACGCAGUUUCAGGAAGCCUUAAAAGAGUUGGGUACUGGAUUCAAGGAGGCAGAAAAAGAGCAAGAAGAAGCUGAAGUGCGAAUAGAACAGGAUGAACGAAACAAAAAAGUUUCCAAAGCAAGAGCCGAGGUUGCUGCUACCAAGCUACAAAUUGAAAAAGAUGAAGAAUCCAGAAUGAAAACAGCCCAUAUUGAGAGAAAGAAGAUCACUAGAGAAAUUGAAAAUGCCAGAUCUGCCCUGGUCACCAGUCUCAAGAAUAACAAGUCCAGGUUGGGUGAACCAAGCGCAAAAAAGAAAAAACACAAGUCUUCAGCAGAUAUAAGCAUCACCAUACCUGACUCAACCUCUGAAAGCAGUGAAGCAACAGAUAAACCAUCACCUAGCUUAGCAGAUGCUCAAGAUGACCUACGUGUUUCCAGCCCAUCAAAAAUGUCAGAAGAUUCUGGACCUAGUGGAGAUUCUGGACCCAGAUCUCCAUUGAAAUCAGCCUGUUGCAGGGAGGAGGGUACUAGAGAUCAUACAAUUGGUUUGGAGAAAAGAGAAACAGUGUUUCCAUCAACAAGUACACAACAUGGAUACUCCUUGUAUGGAACUCAAAGAAUCUAUGACCUUCCAGUUGAUACUAGAAUCUCUGACAGAAUUAAACAACGUCAACUUUCGAGAACCCCAGAUCAAACUCCUCUUGAGAUCAGGUACUCAGACAUUUGUGUGGAAUGUAGAAAAUGUAAAGUUAUUUCUGCAUGUGAAUGUUUAGAAAAAAUGACUUGCAUUUGCUGUAAAUCCAAGGUUGAUAGACUUUGCUCAAACUGUAAAACACUUGGUGCUAAAGGAAGACAGGCGCCUCUUGUCAACCAAAAAUUGUUUGACAGCAAUGAACAACAAAUUCAAGCAAAAGAUAGCGACCAAAGUCAUAUACCCGACUUUGGUAGUAAUAGAUUGUAUCCUCAGAGUUCCAAAAGCCAACUCCAGACUGAUAACGGUGUGAAACCAAAAAUGGUGUCAAAAGACGUACAGACUGUCGACGAAAUACCGAAAAAACCUACUGUCAAACUGAGGAACAUAAAAGAAAAAUCCAUAAGUAGCUCUAAAGCAACUAUCAAUAGUCAAAGUAACGUCAAUGUUUAUGAGCAUAGGAACAGAUUUUCUCGAGAAAAAAUUGUCCCACCUGGUUCCUUUGUAACAAAAGUAUCGGCUGAUGAUAUCGAGAUAGUACCGCCUGAAGUCUCAGAAACGGAUUUGUCGCAGAAAACCAAACAGUCUGAGGUUAACGCUCAUCUACGCGGUCUGAGAGCUUUAGAAAAACAAAGAAUCCAAAAAGACUAUGAAGAAAUGUUGAGAAAACUACCUUUGCUUCAAAAACAGGAAAGGACUUGCGAGAUUGGUAAAGAUAAGCCGGAAUAUCACAUGUCAGAGGGAAGAUUGAAAGAAAAAGAGAGACAGAAACAACAGAAAAUGGAGAAUGCUUAUAAUAAACUCUUUCCCAAUUUAAAGCCAGCUGUCAUCACUUUGCCAAGAAAAAACCAACAAUCCGAUACAAAACGAGAGAAUGUUGACCCAACCAAUUCUAUCAAUGUUGGAGAAUGGGACGUUGAUUUUAAGGAACCCAAAAUGUUUACAGCUGAGGAAGUACAAGAAAUAAUACACGCUUAUACCAAUCAACAUCCAAAGUUGAGGCAAGAGAAGCUCAAAGACUUGUUGAAGAACUUGAAGUUGCAGAAAGAAGAGUUGGUUAGAGAAAUUCAAAAGCUUCCUGCAGACAGUAGUGUGAAUGAACUUAUAAACGAUUUGAACUCAUUUAGUGAAGAAGACUUGAAAUGUAAGGAUAAGGUUAAGAGGAAACGACCAGUUGAGAGUGACUUUGAUAGUAGUUUGACCGAUACUUCAGAGAAAACCGUGAGUAGUGGCAAACAUAAAGUCAAAAGUAAAUCACCGAGAAAGAAAGUAAAAAAAUCAAGUAGUAAGAAAGUGCUGAUUUUACAAAAUACUAGCACGCAAACGACGCCCAAACCGAGCAAGAGUGAUGGGAAAAGGAAAAAAGAAUCAACAGUCGAUGAAACAGAUUCAAAAGAGUCUCUAAAUGCUAAGAGAUCAGAAUCUGAUGAGGUAUCAGACAAAGGGCCAUGUAAAUGUUGUAAAUCGCAUGUGCCCUGCAAAUGUAACAAAGAAAAUGAGACGUCGGAAGAACUGUGUAAAAUUUUGAUAAAACUGGAUGAGAAUGAUAAGCAUGAAGUUGUGGUGAAGGCUAAGGAUGUUGAGACUGUCGUGUCGCCAAAGGGGUCUCCUAAGAAGGCUAAAAAACCUACAAGUGAAUCAGAUGAAGAAUUGAGAUCGAUACUAGAUUUUGCCAAAAAGCUUAAAGACAAGCCCAAGAAAGUUACGACUCAAGAUGUCCAGACCUCACCGAUACCCCAACAAAAAGAUUCUCGAGAGAGCGUCAGUAGACCAAAAAAGGCUCAGAGUACACCGAAGGAAGUUUCUGAAGACAGGUCAAGGACUUGGAGGACACAACUUAGCAAAAACUCAUCCUCAUCGGCUAGCACUUCGUACAUGAGUCCGCCGGAUUUUCAUAGACUUGUUAUUCAGAAUCAGAGCAGCAGGAGCAAGCAGCCUUCUUAUGAUCCAAAAAAGCCGCAACAAACUAAUAUGAAUGGUUUUCCACAGUCGCGGGAAGAGUCCAGUGUCCCGAGACGUCGAUUGCUAGAGUACGUGACAAAACUACUGGGAAUGUCGAGAGCGAGUGUUGAGAAUCUCAGCGUUUCUUCAGUUAGCACGGUGCCAACGCCGAGUCAGAGUAUUGUCGAGGUGGAGUCCAACAUCCCCACUGCGCAACUGGAAGAGUUGGUGAAACAGUUCAACAAGAGGAUAUUCGAACAAGCCAACGAUCUGAGCUACUCUUCAUCCAUGUCGCCUUGUCCGAAUAAUAGCAGUGCUAGUAGCAGUGGAAGAACUGCCAAAAGCAAACAAGCUGAAACACCUUCGGAGCGUCAAGAAGCAUCCACAAGUAGCAGCGACCUAAAAUACGACACUGUUUCAAAGGCAUACGCAGAUAUAACAGAAUCGUGCACCAGAAGAAUUGAAAAUCUAUCUUCGAUGAUAAACAAGAUCCGAGAAGAGAAAGACCAGAUUCUGAAAAAUCCUCCUCUUAGUGCUAGAGCUGAAACGAAAAAUGGUACAGGUAGUGACAAAGAACACUCGACAGCUUAUAUGGAUCUACCAGAGGGAAGUGGCAAGAGCAGCUCUUCCUCUUCUUUGAGCGAAGAAGAAGUUUACAAGAAACUGUUGGAGAUAGAUAUGAGCCUGGCGGAUAAGUUGAGGCUUUUCAGUAAAGAGAAAACCGAGGCAGAAGAUGGACAAGAAGCAGCGAAUAAAACUACAGAAGAAAUGGUAGAGAGAUUGCAAAAGUUGACCAAUUUAGAGCCGAUAACUGAAGGAGAAUGUUUAGGAGAAAGUGAGGAGUAUGUUUCGUUUCUGUCUGACAUACCGAAACUUCCGAAGUUUGAGCCGCAUGUGGAGACGAAAAAUGGAGGCAGCAAUAGUAGAAGGCCACCUCCAUCUAAAGGACUAGCUAUUGCAAAACGUUUGAAUCAGGAUAUAUCUUUGGUACCCCACGAACUUUCUACUAUUCAAGAGACCGAGAGCCAGCUAUCAAACAAAAAUGGGCUCAGUCCAGAGACACCAAGAGCAGUGACAAAAAGCAUUGAUGUGAUCCCCGAAGUAUCUACAGGCACUCAAAAAGAAAACAUCAGUUCACCUGUAGGAAAAAGUCCACAGGUUUGCGACAAAUCUACGUGUGGCAACAUGAAAUCAGGAAGCUCGUCUUCCCCAGGUACAUCUACGUGCAACAAGUUAUGUUCGUCAAGCUCUAGCGAUGAUGUAGAAGCAUUAGAAGCGAUGCUUAGAAGUAUUGGUAUGGAAUGGGCUAUUCCUACUCUUCACAAAACCAAAGAUGCUUUGGCUCUUAGUUCGAGUUCAAGCUCUGUGGAUAUGAGCUCCAGAAGGAACGACACUGCAGACCCCAACAUCAGUCUCAAAACGUUCUUGAAGAAGAAACUGGCAGGAAAGUUGAAUCUGUCAGAUUUGACAACGAUCUCGACGGAAACGUCUGAAAUGAAAGAGAGAAGUCAGAGGACUUCAACGCCUGUGGUGAGCAGUAAGAGUCAGAAUCAUAGCAAAAGCAAGGAUUCCAAGUUGAUGUUUUCUGAUACAGAGUUAUCCUCGGUGAGAAAUGAUACUAGCUGAAAGUGCCUUUUAUUUUUUAUUGUGUAAUUUUUGUAAUGAUUAAAAGUGAUAGAAUUUUAUUUGACAAUAAAUCAAUUUUUAUUAUA